CACAGAUCGAUGCGAUAGGCACACGCUAUAUCUUAAUCCGACACGGUUCUGAUCGAUCUACCCCUGCGGACUCCCAGUGCACCUGGGCGCCAGCACUUCGCCUUAUCUAUUUACUUGGCCCGAUUAGACAUCCUCCUUCACAUCCUCUCGACCUAUCCGGAUCAAGGCGCUUUCUCAAGUUGACAUCCCUUGGCCAGUGCUUAGCGAGUCGCCAGCUGCUGGCUCCAUCCUCCCGGCUUCACAAGCGUUCUUCUUGAAUUCUUCUUUCGAGGGUCUCAUCUAAUCUGCCUGCCUCCCUCAAAUUCAGUCCAGCCUUGCCGGCCCCACUUGCAACGGCCAUUCACUCGUCUAACAGGGCACACACUCAUACAAAGUCAUUCAACGACGAACAAUUAUUAUUCAUACCGUUCUGUGUUUUCCUCGACCUGCCUCUUACCUACCAGGACAUUCAUUUUCAAAUUGGCAAUCUGCACCACAAAAUAAAACUCGAAACAGAACAAGAAAAAAAAAACAUCGCCCGUCACAACAUCAUUCAGGAUUAGACAUAGUCAGGCGCAGUCGGUAUAUUUGAGUUUCACAAGCAUCAGCAGUUGACUGGAAACUCAUACAGCUCGACAUACACACAAGAUGCCAACAUCAUCACGUCAGUCCGGCCGGCACCAGGCCACCGACUCACUUGAACACAUUGCAUUGCCCAACUUGGACCGUUCGACUACGUCCCUGACAUCCUCGUCGGUAGCGGAAGACGGGAAUAAAGUCGGACACGAGAAUGUGACGAUCGAUCGCUCCCGCUCGACAGAAGAAGGAACUAAGGAAGACCAUUCGAGUCUGUCCGAGAAAAGAAGCUCCAAGAAGAGGCCGCCUGCAGAGCCUCUGGUGAUCAAGAAGAUGGCUGGGGUGGACGACAUCCCCUUGGAAGAUGAUUCUCAUAUGCCCGCCAUGACUUGUCGAGCCCUGCUCACAGGCCUCUUCAUCAGCUCCACAGCGGCCGUGAUCCAGCAAUUCUUUUUGUUCAAACCCUCAAGAUCCCAAGUGCAACCCCUCUUUUUGCAGUUGGCCUGUCUCUUGGUCGGUCGCAGUCUCCAAAAUAUCCCUGGCCCUACCUGGUGGAACCCCGGACCCUAUUCGAUCAAAGAAAACACUUUGAGUGCGAUCAUGGCCACUGCAGCUGCGGUGGGCACCUUGGCCGUAGAAAUGAUAGCAACGCAGGAACUUUAUGAAGAGCGUCCAUUUCAUUACGCCACCGCGAUGGCCAUCAUGCUGAGUUCGCAGUUAAUCGGGUAUGGGUUCGCUGGCUUAUUGAGAGCCCCACUGAUUUAUUCAAAAAGGGCUGUUUUCCCAGCUGUGCUACCUGCCGUUGCUCUUUUCCACUCCUUUCAUUAUCGCGAUGGCACACACACCGAGCGCCAUUUGGGCUUAUUCAAAACCGUGUUCUUUGGAACAGCCAUUUAUGAGAUUUUCCCACAAUACAUCGCCCCCACUCUCCAAGCAGUCAAUCCCUUUUGCUUGGCAUGGCAACAUAGUCCAGCGGUCACCCGCUUGUUCGGUGGAGCUCUUGCUCAUGAAGGACUUGGAAUGCUGAGUUUGUCGUUUGACUGGAACGUCGUGGGUGCACUGGGUCCUCUCUUCACACCCUUCGCGGCCCAGGUUAAUGAAUGGGCUGGUGUCCUGCUCGCCUACCUGUUUUAUCCAGUCGGCUGGGAAAAUUCGUGGUUUGAGGGAGGCAAACACGAUGGCUUCCCCUUUCUCAGUACACAGCUUUUGACCCACGAAGGAGAGCUUUACAAUCGGACUGCAAUCAUGAAGGAAGACGGCACCGGAAACUGGGAAAUGAUUGAGAAACUAGGCGCUCCAUAUUUCAGCACGUCGUACAUUUUGGCCAACAUUGCUACCAGUUUGGCCGUCGGUGCGGCUGUCAGCCACUGUCUGUUUUGGGGCUGGGGGUCCAUCACUUCUUUGUUCACUCGAAAGGGACUAGAGGAAGAGGAAGUCGACAAGCAUCAGAUCGUCUGUCGCAAAUAUGCUGAAGUGCCUCUAUGGGUAUAUCUUUCGAUGCUUUUCUUUGCCGUUUCGGUUGCAUUCUUGGCGGCCUCUCUCACCGAUUCAGGGCUGUCGGCUCCCGCAUUGGUCGUGGCACUGGUUUUGGCGGGCGUGUUGACCAUCGCUUCAGCAUAUCUGAAAGCAACCACAGGCGCUUCUUUGGAAGUUGAGCCUGUUAUACAGAUGCUUGGAGGUAUGGCUUUCCCAAGUGAUGCUUUUGGGAACAUGUGGUUCACAACGUAUGGAUCAGCAACGGUUUCUCAAUCAAUCAGCAUGCUUCAGGAUCUCAAACUAGGGCAAUACAUGCAUCUACCACCGAUCAGUGUUUUGAUUUUCCAGACAAUCGGGACAGUUGCGGGUGUCAUAUUCAAUUACAUGGUGAUGAGUCUUGUGGUCAAUACCAAUCGAGAAUUGUUAAGAUCUGAAUACGGAAACCAAGUGUUCACUGGAGUGGUUCUGGAAGAUUUCCAAAGCCAAGCCAUCAGUUGGGGUAUCUUUGCUCAUGAAUUAUUUAAAGCCGGUGCACGCUAUGUUAUCGUGCCUAUCAGUCUGGGAAUCGGCUUCCUAUUACCUAUACCGUUUUACUUCUUGCACCGAUUUAUACCAAGGUGUCGCUUGGAUCUUGUCAACACUCCGCUAGUCUGUGGAACUUUUGCUCUAGUUCUUGAUCGCGCCAAUGCGGGAUUUACUAUGUCUGUUCUUGUCGGAUUCCUUUCUCAAUUUUAUGCUCGCAGAUACCACCCACAUUGGUUUCACCGAUCCAAUUAUGUGCUCAGUGCCGCCCUGGACGGUGGUGCCCAAGUGACGGCAGUUCUCCUAGGGUUUGUGGUUGAAGGUGGGGCAGGAUGGAAGCGGCUCAAGUUCCCACAAUAUUUCUUAAACCCUGCUACAAUACCCUUCCGAGAACGCGCUCCAGAUUAUUGUAUGCUGCAUACACCAACAGAAUAAUCUGAUGGAAAAUGAGCCGACAGAGCAGAAACCAAAAAAACCAAACAUUCUCGCUACCCCAUUUCAUUCUUUGCCUGUCAUCACACCACAUCCUUUUUUUUUCUUUCACAUACUCAUUAGGUUUUCAGUCUUGUUUCUUUCCCUCUGGUAGAUUUCCUUUGUUUAGACUUUUUUUUUUUUUU